AUGGAAAAUGGGAUAAUUUGUCUGGACGAUUUCAAUUCUUCCCUGAAGAAAGUUUUUGAUUUGAUUAAUGCCUUAUAUCUAGAAGAUAUUUGGAAACUUGAAAGCAGUGAUGAGUACUCUAAUCUCGAGCUUAUUUGUUGUCACCUCUGCACAGUCUCUAACAAAUCGGCCAGACUAGAGUACCGUAUAACCUACAGUGACUCCUACUCAGUUCCAAUCCUCAUGUUUCGCGGUUCCUUUAGAGAUGGCAAGCCCGUGCCCAUUUCAUACUUCUGGGAUUGCUUUUUAAAUAGUUCACCCAACAACCUCGAUCCACUCAUUGUCAUUAGCCAAACUGAACAUCGCCAAACUGGAGUUCCAUACUUUUUUGUUCACCCUUGCAAAACAAAGAAUCUUAUGUCGAAUGUUAACCCUGCCUCCCCGGACAGCUAUCUGUCCCUCUGGUUAUCAUUGAUGGCCCGCUAUUUUAACAUAUUCAUACCAACAUCAAUCGCAAAAGUGUAA